GUUUCAUUUAAAUCGUUCAAUCAUUCAAAACCAAAAAUUUUUUUUAAUUUUUAAAAUUAAAACAUGAAGUUCACAAUCGCUUUAGCUUUGUUAGGUUUUGCUUUUGCAAUUCAAGCAUCACCUAUUGAUUGGUCAGUUCAUCAUCAUCCAGAAGUGAGCGUAUGGGGUAAUGGAUGGGGUCAUCAUAAUGAUUGGCAUGGUGAUGCUUGGCAACACGGUGGUUGGGAUGAUGGACAUUGGUCACAUGGACAUGCUCAUACACACGGUAUUAGUUUAGCACAAGGUGGUGGUUGGGAUCAUCAUCAUCAUGGACCAGUUCAUGCACAUCAUGACCAUCAUCAUCAUCAUCAUCAUGGACAUUAUGUUGCCAAAACACUUGGAGCUGUACAUACUGCCCCAUUGCCAGGACACAUUGCAUCAGUAAAAUCAAUUAAUGUUGCUGCACCUCCGGCAGGUCAUUAAGAACGUCAUUUAAUAAUUAUUGUUAAAUAAUUAUUUAUUUAUAUGUAUAUAGAGCAAAUUCUACAACUUUUGAUAAAAUUAUAUGCAAUUAGCUUGAAAAUUAUAGAAAUUCCACAAAUGCUAUCUGUGCAAAUAUAGAAAA